UUUAAGAGAGCGCUGCACGAAGAACGCCAACGCUCACGGACGUUUUUCAGUUCUUUCGUCAGUUUGACUGAAUUAGUAUAAUUAUUUCGGCUGUUAUCUUCAGAAAAUUAAGGAGAAUUUGUUUGUCCGUCGAGCUCGGAGAUUCCCUUUGUUGUUGAAUGCGGAGCUGAGGUGAACGAUGACUCAGUUUCUGCCCCCGAACCUGCUGGCCCUGUUUGCCCCACGGGAUCCAAUCCCAUUCCUGCCGCAGCUGGAGAAACUUCCCCAUGAAAAGCAUCACAACCAGCCUUACUCCGGCAUCGCUCCUUUCAUCAAGCACUUUGAGGAUCCUCGCGAUGCGCCGCCACCGACAAGAGCUGAAACGCGAGAGGAGAGACUGGAAAGAAAGAGGCGCGAGAAGAUGGAGAGGAGACAAGCGGUCGUAGAAACCGAGCUGAAGUUGUGGGAUCCUCACAACGACCAGAACGCACAAGGGGACGCUUUCAAGACCUUAUUCGUGGCUCGGAUUAAUUACGAUACUACGGAGUCCAAACUGCGUCGUGAGUUUGAGGUCUACGGCCCCAUCAAACGAAUCUACAUUGUGUACAACAAGAGGACGGGAAAGCCACGCGGCUACGCUUUCAUCGAAUACGAGCACGAGCGAGACAUGCACUCGGCUUACAAGCAUGCAGAUGGCAAGAAGAUCGAUGGGCGCAGAGUUCUUGUCGAUGUAGAGAGAGGUCGCACCGUGAAGGGAUGGCACCCUCGUCGGCUGGGCGGAGGUCUGGGUGGUACUAGGAGAGGCGGAGCAGAUGUUAACAUCAAGCAUUCUGGUAGAGAUGACACGUCCCGCUAUGAUGACCGACCUAUUGGAAGCGACCGGGAUCGUGAGCGCGGAGAUCGGCGCGAGCGAAGUCGUGAACGCGACCGAGACAAGGAGCGCAACGAGCGACGUCGAUCACGCUCGCGGGAGCGGCGCAGACGCACCCGAUCACGUGAGCGUGACAGGGCAGCGGGGGGAGGUGUGGAUGAGAGUAGCAGCCGUCGCAGGGACAGAGACAGGGACCGAGAUGUAGAGGCCAAGCCACGUGAAAGGAGCAGAGAGCGCGACCGAGACAGAGAUCGCAAGAGGAGGAGCAGGAGCAGGGAGAGGAGGAGGGACAGGGAGCGAGGGAAGGGUGCAGAAGGAGGUGAAGAGGGCGCAGGCGGUCUGACCGAUGGCAUGAUGGGAGAAGGAGAGCGCGGGAUGGACGAGUCAGUCGUGGGAGAAGAGGGAGGGCCAGAAGGAGAAGAGCGAGGGAGAGAUAGAGACAGGGACCGGGACAGAGACCGGGAUAGGAAGCGUAGUCACAGAGAUAAAGAUAGAGACAGGGACAGAGAAAGAAGGAGGGACAGAGACCGAGACAGAGAUCGCGAGCAUAAGAGGGACAGGGGUGAUCGAGAGCGUAGAGAGGAUCGACACGGCUCUCUGCUUCCCCCUAUGGGUGAGAAUGAAGGCUUGGGGAACGGAGAAGAAGGAGACAUCUCUCUCCCGCCGCAAAUGGAGGAAGGGUCGCAGGAUGGGAUGAAUGCCAUGAUGAUGGACCAGGACUCCAUGCAGUCCGGUGACGGCUACGCUUCUAACGAGAACGGCUACAAGAUGGAAGCUCAGGGGGAUGAGUACUAAACGUUUUGAGUGGCGUCCUCACAUGGAAAAAAACCUCCCUCUGAUUGUUUGUCUAUAUGAUGAGGAAUUAAUCUUAGUGUCUAUUCAAUCAGCUUCGUCAGAGCAUGAUCUGUCCACCAUGAGCCGUGUCCUCUGGGCUGAAAUGAGAACGGAGCUGAAUUUUUUCUUUUUUUGGGGUCCACCAUAGUUUUGGCAAGGAUUAACUAAAAUGGUGCAUUCAAAGACUCCUGUAACUGUUGUGCUGUAUUUUUAUUUUUUGGUAACCCCUCAAGAUAAAAUCAUUAUAUGAUUAGGUCAGACUGAGUUCCAGAUUUGUCCAACUUGUAUUUUGAUAUAUUAAUCGACUCCAAGACUUUUCGAGGUAAGAUGUGUUUAAGGAGGGUUUUGUUUUGUUUUUUUGUUUUUUUUGAAAGGUAUCAAGUGAAAUAUUUCCGGGGCUUCAUCAUGUACAGCUUUGUCCUUAUUUUUCAAGCAGUGGAGCGGGGGAGAAAAAUGUGUGCUUUUAACUGAGAAUGUUGCCAUAGGUUCACAAAAAGUUGCUCUUAUUCUUGUGUAAUUAGUCUUAUUUGUUGGAAAAAGAGUAUGGAUACUUUGUGAGCCACCUCUUCUUGUAACCUUUGUUAUGGGGUUUUGUUUUGUUUUGUGUUGUUUCUCUUUAAUAAAUGUGCUUUUUUUUUCCCUCUGUUUUUUUAAAUGA